CAACGUUACGUAGCAGCCCAAACCCGAAUAUUGGUUUGGAUAUUUCAAGAUUUUGUGAGCAUGGACGAAAUAAUGGAUUCCCACCCCGACGACAAGACGUUACAGGACCUAGUUUCACUAGCGCUUGCGCUUGUUACCGCCCUGAUAGCCUUCUACUGUGUUUAUUCGGCGAUGAUACCAGAAAUGAUCACGCUAUGCGAGGAUCAGCCAAAGUCAGCGUUAUCCGCGUGGACGCAGACGGUGAGAAAUCUUUGCGAACUGAUUAAGCGGCAUCACUUAAUGCUGAAUCAAGUAUCGGCUCAAGUACGAGAAUCAUCAAAAUUUGGAGCAUUGACUGCGAAACAGAUUGAAGGACUUAGACAGGAGAUCACAAACGUUUUGAAUCUCCUCGCAGAAGCUCGUGAAAAGAGCAACCUGUCGACUUCAUCACUUGAGAUGGAAUACCGAAACGCUGUCGAUGAAAACCAAGACCUCAAAGCCACCGUGCAACUACUAACCGAUGGAAACACCUUACUUGAAAGUCUAUAUCAAGCUAGCCUUGCAAGGGAAGCUAUUUUAACUGCGCGGAUUCACGACCUUGAGAUUGAGCUCAAUACGUUGAACGCGAAAUUCGAGGGAUGUACAUCGGCUAUUUAUGGCAUUGCUGCAGGCAACCAAGACGAACUGUUGUCCUCGGAUGAAACCGGCUCAACUGACUUGGGCGACUUUCAAGCAGACCGGGAAGAUGUCAUGAAUGUGAAAACUUCCUCAGCCGUCGAGGGACGUGGCACGCCUGUAGAAGAGAAACCAGGCGAUGUCUUAGAGACAACGGAGAAGGACACCGAAUUUUGCGGGCACUUACCUGUAUCAGCGUCGGUAGGCCCCGAACCAGAUGCAGUAGAAACCCCCGAGGAUGAGGACUCUGUCACACCACGCACCCUCAGUUCAAUUUUGAAGGUCGGCGAAGAAGAUACCGAAGACUCAAAUUCCUCAUCACUGUUAAACACUCUCAGUUCAUCAGGGGCUCCACAAGAAGAAUCAUUUGAGCUCUCCAACACUGCAUCUCCAUCUGAACACGACACACUCACUCAAGCGACAAAAGAUGCUCCAACCUUGACAUCAAGUUCUGUCAUUCUCUGCAAAGUGGAACCGGGACCACCGGAAUCUGACGCUCUCGACUCAGGUGUAACCGUUCCAAUGGACGUUGCAGGAGAUGAGGAAAAUCUCAAAAGUUCACCAAAUACCAGUACUGAUGUUUCACCGGAGCAAACUAGGUCGAAGGACGGUGCGUCAUACAAUGAAAAUCCAAAGUUUUCAGAGCUCGCUGCGAGCCCCUACUCGUCCUCCAGCAUCCCGAUUCCUCUCAAAUGCAAGCCGACUCACACCGCUCACCCAAGCAAGAGUCCAUCCAGCCCAGUCGUACCAAAUGAAGCAGUUUUCGUACCGAUCGCACCAGCUACCGAAUCAGCCAUGGCAGAAGGAAUGCAGGACAUGUUCUAAAUUCAAUACUCUGAAUGUGGUUUCGGACCUUUGUAAACCACUUGUUUAUG